GUUCUACCAAUGUUUACAAAAGCGAGCGGUGGGGGUACUUUUUAUGCACAAUAUUGUUCCUACCAAUAUAACCCCAUGUCUGUGUGGAUAGAUCAUAGAGAUGUGUAUAGACGCAUGCGACAAGUAAUAGGAUCAAAUAAUUUUGAUGCUCUUAAUUCAUGUUCUUUAACGUGUGGAGCCACGCUUUGAUCAGGGAAUUAUCAAUGUUUAGACGAUCUGCAUGGUAAGCUUUACUGCUAUCACCGGGGCACUCUCCGUAUUCCAUGGAACACAAAACGGCGCCGCAGUAAAGAAUCUAGGAUCCUUAUGCCCGGCAAAGUGCCAGCCUUUCCCGGAUAGUUGUGGUGCAUACAGUAAACCCUGAAUGGACGUCCACCCAUAUUGCAAAUCAUAUUUGCUUUCAACUCAAUGCAUGAAUCUGAAGUAGAAAAAAAUAAAUAAUGGGUUGUUGCUGUUCGGCUAACGACGAGGAGCCUACUUUAGGAGAACAUUCGACUCUACCGACCGAUGUCAUCCCGUAUAAAGGACCCAUCUUACAGUAUGCCUUCGUUGAUAUGAGGGUGAUAGGGACGACUUAUAUGGGACGCAACUUGAAAACAGACCUAGUACCUCAUUACACCGCCUUCCAGGAGCCCUAUACCCAGGGGUUCCGGCUCGUCUUGCUGAAGACCGUACCGGGUGUCUUUGAGAAGCUACGGGUCCAGUACGGCAUGGAAAGACGGUAUUACAUCCCUCUACAAGCAUCGUUUGUACGACCAGUGGGCAGCCCUGCAACUCCGACUGGUCAAGUGAAGAUUGUUCAAACAGCCAUCGAGUUCAACGAGUCGGUGCUGUCAACAAACCAGGAAAAUGUCCAAGCUGCGAGUGAGGUGGCUCGUCUCAGGGAAUUCGACACUGUGAUUGAGGAGAACGGCCGCGAGGGUUAUCAGCUCGUCUCCUUUGAACCCAGUGGUUAUACCAAGAAAACAACAAAUGUUAAAGAAACAGUUUUGCAAAUGGAUUUGCUAUUUCAUCGGUCAAACCAAUCAACUUCCGGGUCAUUCAUAUAUCAAUCGGUCAUCAUACCUGUCUCAUACACUGCUAUUGGCUCAUCGCCGGUGUCUCGCCGUCAGAUCUACGAACUAUCGACCGAUGUGACGUCACGACUGGUUGAUAUUCUCCAGCAGGGAUGGAAGAUAGUAGAUACUAACUACCUGAGUUCGCAUCUCCAAGGACAAUUUCGGCCAACUGCCCGAACCUUGAUCUUCAAUACGAUGUGGGUCUUUGAAAAGCCUUCUACAGCAGUGAAUGAUCUUCAGCCUCGCUGGGAAUGUACCGUUAUCAAGUAUAAACAUGUGGUGAAGUUCGCAUGCAACCGGAUGAAAGCAACCACCACCUGGCAGCCUUUGGUCGUUGAGAUGGGUCACCAUGGAUGGGAGCUCGCAUGUAUCCUUGACACGGCCGAAGCAACAAGGGAAGGUCGACUGGGAUCAAAGCAAACCUUACUCAUCGUGUUUCAGCGCCCUCUACGAUAGGAAUGGGAUCAGCUGAGCCUAUGAAAUUGUAUCAUCGCCAAUAGAUAAAGAGCAUCAACACGCGUUUUUGAGGCCACGGAUACACUCAAAAGUAUUCAAAAGCGCACCACCGGAAACACUUAAAAAUACUCCAAAAACGCGCACAAAAUUCCACUCAUCUUUCUCUUUCGUGUGCCUGUUUUUUCUUACGUGGUGGUAUGGUCCCAUAUAGUGUUAUUUGUGUCAUGGAGUAGGCCUACUUUUCCUGGAGGGGGUAUGAAAAUGUGUCUGCAUAUAACUGUCCUAUAAUGAAAUUGCUUGUAUCUUUUUUUUCUUUCAGAAAAUAACAUUUUUUACAAUUUGGAACACACGACACAUGGAGGAGCUGCUCGUCUGUGACGUCAACAAAUCUAAACUUUAAAACCUCAAAUUCUUUGACGAAUUUUCAUUAAAAAAUAUUUUUAUCCC